UACGGAAAACAUUAGUUAACAGCAUUAUGUAAAGUUUUCUUCAAAUGUGCAGGAAAUCAGUUGCCUCUAAACGUUCUUCCUUUUGUUCAGUAACUGAGUGUUUUUCUGUAAAGAACUCUUUCUUCAUGCGUUUGCUCCUUCCCAUCAUCUAGUCCUGAGACUGACCUCUAUCUCCUCAAGAUCAGACCUUUUAAAUAAUCUUUUCUCACUUGUUUGCUCACUGCAGUCAUCCUGGCAGUCACUGUAUCCUCAGGCUAAGCCAAACAAGCUGAUCAGCCAGGCACCUCUGUACACACUCCCCCCCACUAAGACGCUAAUGGCCGGGACGUAUAAUCCUUCUCAAAAGAACCACAGAGAUGCUAAUUGUAUCUAGCUAUAAAUACUAGCAACUCCUUGUCCUCUUUCUUCAUUUGUCUCUGCCUGUAAUGGUAGAGCCAACACUGUCUUCCCAGACGUAUUUAUACCUAAAUACCUAGAGAGGCUGCUGAAGUUGUGGCGAAACUUGCAGUGCUUUCCAAAAAAAGCAACAAGUCCAAGGAGCAUCACACACGGAUAUAACAUUUCAUGUUGUUCGUGAAGAUUUCUCAGCUGAACUACUGUGAAGAAACGAGGUGAGAUGUUCCCACUGCCGAUGUUCACACCUGACCAGGUGGCCCGGGUGUGCGAGAACCUAGAGGAGACUGGGGAUAUCGAGCGCCUGGGUCGGUUCCUCUGGUCGCUGCCCGCUGCCGUACCUGGCUCUGCAGGGGAGGCGCUCAACCGGCAUGAGUCUGUAAUGCGAGCGAGAGCGCUGGUCGCCUUCCACACCGGGAACUUUGAGGCUCUUUAUCAAAUCCUCCAGAGCCACAGAUUUACCCGGGAGUCGCACGCCAAGCUCCAGGACCUCUGGCUGGAUGCGCACUACAGAGAGGCGGAAAGGCUCAGAGGGCGGCCGCUGGGCCCUGUGGAGAAGUAUCGGAUCAGGAAGAAGUUCCCAUUGCCUCGCACCAUUUGGGAUGGCGAGCAAAAGACACACUGCUUCAAGGAACGAACUCGGAGCUUGCUGAGAGAGUGGUAUCUCCAAGAUCCUUAUCCCAAUCCGUCCAGGAAACGCCACUUGGCCCAAGCCACAGGACUCACACCAACACAAGUCGGUAACUGGUUCAAGAACCGCCGCCAAAGAGACCGUGCCGCAUCAGCAAAGAACAGGCUUCAACAGGACCCGUCCGUCCUGCCAUCGCAAGGCUCCCCUGGUGGUGCCCUUCAAGAGCACCACCCCCACCCCCACCUUCUGGCCGCCUCCCCACGCCACCUCGGCAGCCCAGAGGCGAGUGACUGUAGCUCAGAGACAGAGCGCAGAGGGACGGGAGCUUCCACUCCGGAGAUCUCUGUCAGCAGCGACGGCGAGUUUGAGUCUUGAGACGGACAUGAUGCAGUUGUUCAUACAGGGAAGAGAAGACGGUGGGGCGACUUCUGCCUCUGACUGAACUUUGUAAAAGAAAUGAUGCACUUAAAAAAAGCACUGAAACGAUUGCUGGUCAGUUCGUCCCUUUGCCAAUAUCAUUCUUUUUCAGUUUUGGUCUUUUUUCUGGUGUGAAAAUACGCCGUCUGCCACUGGAUGUCUAGUACCAACUGGAUUAAUUCGUACCGGACAAGGGGACGUUUCAAAUCCGCUUUCACAAUAGAUGAUUUAAAGUCAUUUUCUAUUAUUUACCUUUAGUCUACUGCAUGGAAAUGUGUCUAUGUGACACUAUGAAUAUUAAAUAUAAGCAGGAGGUGGCUGGCAUUUAUUUUGACUUGUUGUGAGGUAAUAAUUCUGUAAAAGCCCAAAUGAGUUUUAGAACCACAAUCACUGUUCAAAUAUUUAGAAUUAAUACCCAGUUAGAUGAAUCGCCAUAAUUCAUCAAAAAUUACCAAAAGAAUUAAACUGGUUGAAGUCAUAGAUUCUAGAAUAGAUUGUUUACAGCUACAGACUGGAAGCAGGAAGGGAUGAAAACGCCUGGUUCUGAAAUGGGGGUACAAACUGGCAAAGGGGGCAAACGGAAACCAGAGCCCACCAAAACCCAUAAGCUCGGUUGUUGUGUAGAAUGAUAAACAACUACAGGUACAAAAACAGAAUUUAUAAGUCUCGGGUACAGAUUUUAGAGAUAUUCCCAAUGUUCUUUAGCUCAUGUUUCUUACUGUUUCCAAUAAAUCUGUAAAUAAAGAUGAUUUUGUAAUAGUUCACAGGAAAGCUCCAUGCAUUUGUGUGGAAACAUUAUAUGAACAAUGCCUUGUUUAGGUUAUUGCUGUAUGUGAACAUGUCACCAUGCACAUUAAUGAAUUGAUAUUUAUGUGCCCUUACAUUUAAAGUAGUGUAAAUCAUCUAUAUAUUGUCAGCGGUACACUAACAAUGGCUCAUUGUUGUUUGUCAAUGUACUGGUUAAAAUCUGCAUGUAAACAUGAUCUCCAACUCCUUUGACUCAUUUACAGCCUUAAAUGGAACUAAGGGCAUUACUAUAACACAAGUCGUGAGUCUAUGCAAAUCUAACUGUCUGUGAAUACAACAUGCUGCUUCGGACACAAACCAUUUGGAUUACAGCCACUUCAACCUGUCCACUUCUCCUGCUGUCACUGAAUGGAAGACGCUGCUAGAGGUCCCCAAGCUGUUUCGAGUCCAUCAGGAGCUGGCAGAGACAAGGGAAAGAUUGUGAUGCACUCAUUGGUUUUUAUCUCCAUGUGCCUAUUACAUGUCAGAACAGUAAAAGCCAGUCAAGCGUGUCUUCAUUAUCACUCUGUUAGGCCUACUGUCUGAUUAAAUUUUCUUACAACUAUCAUUUCUCACAUUUCUGUAAUUCAUUGAAAAUAUGUAUUUUGUAAAUGUUUUGUGCAAAUAAGUAAACCUAUUUUUAUCCAG